UCAGACCGGAAGUUGGGCGCGCACUGGCUCUGACUUGAUCUUAGUCUGGGGAGUGUGUGUGCGUGCAUACUCUCGGUUUAAGAGGGGGAGGUUAUGAGCCACUCGGACUAUCGUUGUGGAGCAGCAUUUCUCCGCCAGGAAUGAUCAAAAUACUUUUCAGGUUUCAUCUCAGUACCGCUUCUUUUUCUUUUCGUUAAGUACAGAAACACCACUGAGCGUUAUGUAUCUCUGAGCAUUUUUCUGGAAUUAGUUAAGUAACUUCGGGAUACACUUUCCAGAAGAGAGGGGAGCCAGGAUUUCAUCGCGUGAGACGUGUUGGGAUAAAGGGAUUACCAAAAAAAAAAAAAAGAAACAGCGCACAGCCUCCACUCGCCCAGUUUCUUCGGACCUGAUAAACUAGUGGUGCCCUGUGGAUGACACCCAGCUGAUGUCCCAAGCAUCUGAAUGGAGUUCCUGUCGCUUAGCAGCCAGUUUUAGCUCCUUCAGCAGGAUGCUGAUGAGGCCAAGUUUACUUCUACUUCUGACUUUCUUCACCCUGUUUUUAAGGACCCAAUGUCGGCCUGCUAACAACGAUGAAGUCUCUGUGGAAACGCAGGCAGAGCAGUUUACCCUUUAUCGUGGGGACCGCCUGGAUUUGAGUUGCUCUGCCAAGGACUCCCUCCACGCCGUAAACUGGACCAAAGACCAUGUUGCCGUUGUGGAUGGAGAGCACACGCGCAUUCGUAAUGGCCAGCUGGAGAUCGAGGCGGUAGAAGUGACUGAUUCGGGCCUGUACGCCUGCACCACCUUUGGCAACCACAGCGUCUACUUCAAUGUCUCAGUUGAUACCAUGGCAUCAUUAGAGGAUGACGAUGACGAGGAAGAGUCUUCCUCUGAGGAAACCAAGCUGUUGGGCAGCCAAAAACUGAUGCCAAUGGCCCCACAGUGGGUACAUCCAGAAAAAAUGGAGAAAAAGCUUCAUGCUGUCCCAGCCAGUAAGACUGUGAAGUUUCGAUGCCAGGCCAGUGGCAACCCGACUCCCACUCUGAAAUGGUACAAGAAUGGCAAGGAGUUCAAGAGAGACCAGCGCAUCGGAGGCUUUAAGGUGCGGGACCAUGUGUGGACCAUCAUCAUGGAAUCCGUAGUGCCCUCUGAUAAGGGAAACUAUACCUGCGUGGUGGAAAACCAAUACGGCAGCAUCAAUCACACCUACCAGCUGGAUGUAGUCGAACGCUCUCCACACAGGCCCAUCCUGCAGGCGGGCUUACCAGCCAACCGUACGGUGGUGGUAGGCAGCGACGUGGAGUUUGAAUGCAAGGUGUUCAGUGACCCUCAGCCGCACAUUCAGUGGCUAAAACAUAUCAAAGUCAACGGGACCAGCAUUGGACCCAAUGGCUCCCCUUAUGUCCGCGUACUCAAGACCGCUGGCCUUAACACCACGGACAAGGAAAUGGAAGUCCUUCAACUGAGAAAUGUGUCUUUUGAUGACGCUGGGAAGUAUACGUGCUUGGCGGGCAAUUCUAUCGGGUUCUCUCAUCACUCUGCAUGGUUGACCGUUUUGGAAGCGAUCACCCAUUACCCCACGGCCAGCCACACCUACUUGGAGGUGGUCAUCUACUGCGUGGGCUUCUUUUUCAUCGCCGUAAUGAUUGCCAUCGUAAUUAUCGUCAAGAUUCGCACCUCCUCAAAGAAGAGUGACUUCAACAGCCAGCUGGCCGUCCACAAGCUGGCCAAAAGCAUCCCUCUGCGCAGACAGGUGUCAGUGGACUCGAGCUCCUCCAUCCAUUCUGGAGUGAUGCUGGUCCGUCCCUCCCGCCUCUCCUCUAGUGGCUCUCCCAUGCUGGCAGGAGUGUCCGAGUAUGAACUGCCCCAGGAUCCCCGCUGGGAGCUCCCCAGAGACAAACUUGUUCUCGGGAAGCCGCUGGGUGAGGGCUGCUUCGGUCAGGUGGUGAUGGGGGAGGCACUGGGUAUGGACAAGGAAAAGCCAAAUCGUGUUACCAAGGUUGCAGUGAAAAUGUUGAAGUCUGAUGCCACAGAGAAAGACCUGUCAGACCUGAUUUCAGAGAUGGAGAUGAUGAAGAUCAUUGGGAAGCACAAGAACAUCAUUAAUCUGCUGGGAGCCUGCACACAGGAUGGUCCUCUCUAUGUGAUAGUCGAAUAUGCGUCCAAGGGCAACUUACGGGAGUACUUGCGAGCUCGCCGUCCACCAGGCAUGGAGUACUGCUACAACCCAGACCAGGCUCCUGAGGAGAACAUGUCCAUCAAGGACCUGGUGUCCUGCGCUUACCAAGUGGCUCGAGGCAUGGAGUAUUUGGCUUCCAAAAAGUGCAUCCACAGAGACCUCGCUGCUCGCAAUGUUUUGGUAACCGAGGACAAUGUGAUGAAAAUCGCUGACUUCGGCCUUGCCAGAGACAUCCACCACAUUGAUUACUAUAAGAAGACCACCAAUGGUCGUUUACCAGUCAAGUGGAUGGCUCCUGAGGCUCUGUUUGACCGGAUAUACACACACCAAAGUGAUGUCUGGUCAUUCGGAGUCCUGCUUUGGGAGAUCUUCACCCUCGGAGGCUCUCCAUAUCCGGGAGUUCCAGUGGAGGAGCUGUUCAAGCUGCUGAAGGAAGGCCACCGCAUGGACAAGCCCUCCACGUGCACUCACGAGCUGUACAUGAUGAUGAGGGACUGCUGGCAUGCGGUGCCCUCUCACAGACCCACGUUCAAACAGCUAGUGGAGGACCUGGACCGCUGUCUGGCCAUGACCUCCAACCAGGAGUAUUUGGAGCUCUCAGUUCCUCUGGACCAAUACUCCCCCAGCUACCCGGACACCCGGAGCUCCACCUGCUCCUCCGGCGAGGACUCGGUUUUCUCUCACGACGCUGGAGCCGAGGAGCCCUGCCUGCCAAAGUUCCCCCCUCACUCCAAUGGGGCAGCCAUCAAGAAACGCUGAUACCUCGUCUCCUUCCAGACAAACGUUGACUUUUUUUUUUUUUUCCUCUGCUCCCUGCCUCAUGGGGUUGGACUCCUCCCCACGUUCCCAGAGAUUAAGCUAAACAAGCGCUGGUGCUCUGUGAGAGACGGGUUUGGAGAGGCUGUGUGGAAGGCGCCGGGUCACACGGACUGCAGACGGCAGCUGGUUCUUGGGGCACUUGGUACCAGGAGGAGUGGCAGUUUGCCACAGCAGACUUAACAAUUUUCCUCUUCACUUUGGGCAUUUCAGUGAUGAGUCAGGAGAUUCUUCAGGGCGGACCGAGAUUGUCGGCCUGUCAUGUUUGUCUGUCCCUCCAUUAUCAUUUCAUCAGAGGUGGAAGACGUGCCUCUGCUAUUUGGACCAAAUCCUAAGAGAAAACACUAACUGGGGACCAGCGGCAUCGUGGUCCACUGCAUUAUUCAUUCACUUCUUGUAAAUACAGUUAGAAAAUUAUAAAUAUGAAUAUAUAUUUACACUGUACUCUUAUUUUUAUUACCAUAAUUGAUUUAUUGUCUUUUGUACAAGGAUGCUAUCGUUUGAUCCCUUUUCUAAUAUACCGUAGUCCUUGGGGAGUUGUUACAUGAGGGUAUCCAGAGAAUCACAUGGCCAGUUUUCUUUUCCACUGUAUCACCGCUUCUCCAGAAUUAACUGCUUAUACAUGGAAUGGAA